UUAUUCAUUGUUAUUUUUUUAUGAGCAUCUUCAAGUGAAAAUGAUAUCAGAGUCAGCUGUAAGUAAAACAAGAGAUAAUGAUGAACUACCUUUUACAGUAGAAUGUGAUCAGAAAAAAAUCGAGGAACGUUUGAAUGAUAAUUUUAAUGUUGUGUCUGAUGGACUUUUCCACCUGGGAUACACAGCAGACGGAUCAAGUUUAGCAUUCCUUAAUCUAUCAUUAAAGAAUAAGAGUUUGAUGGAUAUUGGUUUUUUGAUAAGUUAUGCUCAUUUGCAGACUGUUGAUCUUUCUCACAAUAGUAUUAGUGAUUUAAGCGCAUUAUUGUCUCUUCAUUAUUUAAUAUCAUUAAAUGUAUCGCACAAUAAAUUGGAAAAAGUUUUUAAUCAUGAUGGUUUGAGUGCAAUAAGGAAAAUUGAUUGCACAUUUAACUUUAUAAAUGAAAUUAAUGAUUUAUCUUGUCAUCCAUUAUUGGAAACGCUAUUGCUGGAUUUUAAUCAAAUUACUAGAAUUGAUGGUCUAGCUAAGUGUACACAACUUUCCGAAUUAAGUUUAUCUCAUAACAAAAUCGAAAAUACAUUUGGAUUAGAACAUUUAAAGUUUCUUACAACACUAGACCUGAGUAACAAUCAAAUUACGGAUAUAAUGGGUCUUGAAAAUCUUCAAAAGCUGCAGCAUUUGGAUAUGUCUUCAAAUAGAAUCAGUUCUUUAAAUGGCUUAACUGGACUCAUUAUGCUUGGAAAAUUAAAUUUACAGAACAAUCAGAUUUGCGAUCUAUCUCAAUUGGAUUAUAUUAAACACUUAAAAAUGCUUCAAUAUCUAAAUUUUAUUGAUAAUCCAAUCCAGGCAUCAAAAAAUUAUCGACUAUCAGUUUUGUUUAAAAUUCAAACACUUUCUGAGUUAGAUCUCGAAGCAAUAUCUACUGAGGAAAAGGUGAAUGCCUCUAAUUUUUUCAACCCAAGCAAAAUGUUAUUGGCAGCAUUAGAUCAUUCAUAUAAUACAAUGCAAAGCUAUUGUCAAGAUGUUUUGUUAUUGCACAGUGUUUUAUCAACUGGUCUUCCUUACCCAAUUCUUGUUUUAGUUGGUCAAAAGGGUCUCAGAAAAAAGUCAUUAGCAAGAAUACUCUACAAAGAUUAUCCUAAAUUUUUUGGACUUGGGUUAAGUCACUCAACCAAACCAAUCAUUCAUAGAAUUGAUAAAGAACAGCCAUAUCAUUAUGUUAGUGAAGAACAAUUUUAUAACAAAAAGUUAAAAGGUGAUUUUAUACAAACCUGUUUAAUAGAUGGUUAUUCUUUUGGUACAUCACUAAGUGAAAUUGAAAAUAUAGCAAAGGAUCAUCUUAUUUGCAUUCUCACAUUAUCUUUAGAGGGCGUUUUUGGCUUUAAAUAUUCUCAAUUUCAUCCAAGAUAUAUUCUGUUAUUACCUGAUGAUCAAAAACGCAACUCAAUUUUGCAUGACACAAAUUUAGAAUAUAGCGAAUUGUUCUUGCAACAAUCGAAUGAUUAUAUAGAAUUUUACCAAAAUCACCCAGGGUUUUUUGAUACAGUUAUUGUUACAGAUGAUUUUAAUGAACGUUAUCGUCUACUAAAAAGUGCCGUUUGUGAAUUGUUUGAGCUAGAUUUUGCUAGUAACGCUCCAUUAGGAAAGACUCUUUCCAAGGCAAUCGAUUGCAACAAAACAUCUUUCUAAUAAUAAAUCUUCUUGUGUACUACCUACUUGUUGAUUGAAAAGAAGAAUAUAUUAGCAGCGUAGUUUGUUCAGACUACGCUGUGUUUUUGUA